UUACGGUUUAUUAACAGUUAUUGUCAAUCCUGUGCAAUGACUCGUGUCUGGCCUAGACUAUUUUUUGUACUUAUUUAAAUGGAUCUGACUGGCAAAGUAGUAUCCUCAAACUGUAGCGUAAGAAAAAGUGUUAUUACUGAUGUCGGCUCAGUCAUACCUGGCCAGCCUUACAGUAUCUCGGUGCUGAAGGAGGGUUAUUGUGUGUCACAAGCAGAUGGUUGCACGCGUGCAGACGGGACCAUAUCUCUCUUGGUGGGACCAAAGACUAUCUUGGUAGAUACAGGUGGGCCAUGGGAUCGUGAUUUCCUCCUUGCUCAGCUGGAGAAAACGGGACUAAAACCUGAUGACAUCAAUAUAGUAGUCGGGUCCCAUGGCCACUCAGACCACGUGGGUAACCUAGGGAUGUUUCCAGAUGCAAUGAUUGUUGUAGGAUGUGAUAUAAGUCAAGGGGACCUGUAUCUUCCAAACGAGCUGGCAGACGGCCAGCCAUAUCCCAUCGAUGAUCAUGUGUCGAUAGUUCCCACGCCGGGUCACACCGGACGUGAUGUGAGCGUGCUGGUGAGGGGCACCUCCGUGGGCGUUGUGUUGGUCGCCGGGGAUUUGUUUGAGUGCUGUGAUGAUGAGGAGUCCUGGCGAGCGCUGAGCGAGAACCCUGAGGUUCAGGAGAUGAACCGGAAAGCGGCGUUACAGACUGCCGAUGUUAUCAUCCCCGGACAUGGACCCCGGUUCAAAGUGCAUAGGGACUCCACCAACUGAUACGCCCGUGAUUUAUGUUUAGCCAGGGUGUGACCCACUUGAAGCAUCAGGUAUGCUUUUAUCCUAUUUUUAGUGUCAUCUUCAGAUUAAGUUUGAUGGUACACCGUCACGUGCAGAGGAGGACACAUUUCCCCCAGCCACCCAGGAUACUCGCUACACUCUUCUGUGUUACGGAUACGGAUGUGAUACGGACUACGGAACACUUUAUCAAAUUAAAUAAAACCUUUAACAACACAAUGCUGCUGACUAGGUUGCCUACAGACACCAGUUACUAUGUUGGCAAGUGUUUAUUAAUGUCAAUAACGCUCUGGUGAGGUGUUUGCAAGCCAUUCAGGCUGCUAUCUUACUAGUUUUAGGCCAAAACUCCAUGGUGCUGUUUAAACCAGUCAAUGUCCUCUUGACAUAAACAUUCAGGUUAUGUGAGUACAGUGACCUGUGGUAACUUUUCGACUAAAUAUAAUGACCCAUAAAGAAAGAUGAAAGAAGCUGAAAGUAAUAAAGUCAAGUAUUUAAAACAUAA